AUGAAUGGUGAUCCGCUUCUAAUUCAACCUGAGGGAGCCCUUGGUUUUAUUGCCCUGGGAUCAGCUGGGGCAAUUUUCCAAGACAGCAAUGGACAAGUCAUCAAAACAACUCUCAAGCACGAUGUCAAAGGAUGCAGCAAGCAGGUUAUUGAGCAUGUCCGGCAUAUACAGUCUAUCUCGGAAUUAUGCAUCGACCGCGAGAAAUCAAUUUAUAAAGCAUUACCGAAGCAUCCUCGCGUUCUUGACUGUCUCGAAACCAAAGAAAAGAGUCUCCAUUUUCCAUUUUGUCGACUCGGAAAUCUCCGUGAUUAUCUCCAGCACAAUGAAAUAGACAACAAUAUCCGGGACCAGUGGGUCAGAAAUGCUAUCGAUUCUAUCGCCGUGAUACAUGCCUAUGGUGUGAUCCAUGCCGACAUUAGCCCACGUAACUUUCUUGUGGCCGAUGACCUAUCGAUCAAGCUUUGCGACUUCGCCGGAUCCGCCAUUGGCGACUUGCAGCCCUUAGUUGAGGAAGAAGAUCGGCUGCUUUCUACCACACCAAUUGGUCUCGUGGCCACUUUUCUUCAGAAGCUGGAAUGCUUUGAAGGGAUUCUGUUCUUGACGACAAAUCAGCCUGAUGGUCUGGAUGCGGCCAUCCUGAACCGAGUCCUUCUAUCGCUAAUAUAUAGUGACCUCAACCAUGAUGCAAGAAAAGAGAUCUUUCAACAGUUCCUACAGAAAGACAUCAGCAUAAAAGUCAAUGUCAAUGAUCAGCAACUGACUGCUCUGGCACAAGUAACUCUUAAUGGAUGGCAGAUCAAAAAUACCAUGUCUAUUGCUUGCAUGAUAGCAACAAAAGAUGGCGAACUGAGGUUUGACCAUGUCUGA